AUGAGUGCGGCCGGCGCCGCCUGGGCCAACUCGGCUCCUCGAUUAAUCAGGUCUUCAAUACCAUGCCCGCAACCAAGCGCAAGCCUCACACGCAAAGCUCAGACAAGGGCAUUCUACAACUCAGCAGUCCCUAAGAGACCUUCAUCACGCCUUCCUCCGUGCUCUCGUUCUCCACGAUGUUCUUCACCACACGUACGACUCUUCUCCGCUACCUCGGCAUUUCAAGCGACAAAAGAUCCCUACGCAACUCUAGGUGUCGGGAAGAGCGCGACUGCAUCAGAGAUCAAGAAGGCCUAUUAUGCUAUGGCUAAGAAGUAUCAUCCGGACACGAACAAAGACCCUGGCGCAAAGGAGAAGUUUACAGAUGCUCAGUCAGCCUAUGAGCUGUUAAACGACCCCCAGAAGAAGGCUGCUUAUGAUCAAUUUGGAGCAGCAGCUUUCGAUCAGGGCGCUGGUUUCGACCCCGGUGCUGCAGGCGGCGGAAACCCCUUCGGAGGCGCCGCAGGGGGAAAUCCUUUUGGUGGUUUUGGUGGAGGAUUCGGAGCCGAGUUCAAUUUCGAAGACCUUUUUGGUGCCUUUACUGGGGGUAGUCGUCGUGGCCGAAGAGGAAGAUCCCCUUUCCAAGAAGAGAUAUUACAAGGAGACAAUAUUGAAGUUCAGACCAACAUAUCGUUUAUGGACGCUGCGAAGGGCGUAACUAAGAACAUCACCAUUACGCCUCUUGUUGAAUGCGGCACCUGCAAAGGCAGUGGAAUGAAAAAAGGAGCCCAGAAGCAACAAUGUAAAUCAUGUAACGGCACUGGGACUCGCGUACAUGUGAUGCAACAAGGGUUUCACAUGUCGAGUACGUGCUCCACUUGUGGAGGAAGCGGCGUGACCAUUCCCAGGGGUUCAGAGUGCGAUACUUGUGCUGGCAAUGGAGUAAUACGACAAAGGAAGACGGUUCAAGUCGACAUUCCGGGAGGAGUUGAAGAUGGUAUGAGACUCCGAGUUUCCGGAGAAGGUGAUGCGGCCCCAACUGGUGCGGCCGUGGGAGCGAAUGUUCGAAGUGUCCGCGGAGAUCUCUACGUCUUCAUCCGUGUAGCACCGGAUGCAAGAUUCAGUCGGAAUGGAGCGGACGUGCUUUAUACCGCUGCAAUACCUCUUACUACCGCUCUUCUCGGAGGCGAAGUCACGGUACCGACAUUAGAUGGGGAGGUCAAGGUGAAGAUCGCAACCGGAACUGGUACUGGUGACAAGAUAACAUUACCUGGCAAGGGCAUGAAGCGCCUUGGUGGGCGGCGGGAUGCUUCAGGUGAUCUGAGGGUCGAGUUCAAGGUCAACAUGCCCAAAUAUCUAUCCGCCAACCAGCGAACUCUUUUGGAAAUGUUGGCGGACGAGAUGGGCGACAAGACCGCAAAGAGGAUUAUGAACAUCGACUCUUUCAAAAAGGAGACAUCCUCGGACACCAACUCGAAACCAUCCAACAAGGCUGCAGAUCACAAGAACGAGGGCUUCCUCAAAUCUGCAUGGCAUAGACUCACCCAUCAACAUGACAACCUGGAAGCUGACGAGAAAGGCUCUCAGGGCAAGGCGGACAAGGCGGACUCGAAGGACGAUGACGAGCCGAAGAAGGCGUCAGGAUCUGGGUAG